CAAAGACUUCGGAUACGACUCUAUCAGUGAUGGGGAACCGGACGACAAAAGCGCUGAACAGACAUUUAAAAAGCCAUCAGGGACAUUGUCUAUUGAUGAAAUGGUAGCCCAGGGAAUCCUAUUUUUCAUCGCCGGCUACGACACUACCAGUGCCGCCCUAACCCACGCCAUAUACUUCUUAUCCCUCCAUCCGGAGUGUCAGCAAAAACUUUAUGAAGAGUUGAAAACAUGCGAUGAGUUUACGUACGAAAAGUUGGUUCACUUGAAGUACUUGAAUGCAGUCAUCAAUGAGACCCUACGACUCGCGCCGUCGUUUUUACGAUUAUUUCGGGUAUGUGUUGAGGACUACCCCCUCGGAAAUACAGAUUCACAAAUCAAUAGUAUUACAAUACCAGCUGGUACUUUUAUGACUGUUAGUACCUACACAUUGCACCGGGAUCCUAAAUAUUGGGACAACCCCAAUGACUUCUUACCUGAACGUUGGAUUCAACCUAAACACCAUCCCUACGCCUAUAUGCCAUUUGGUGGUGGACCUAGAUAUAAUCACCCGGGCGUAUACCCAGAUUCCCCGGGAUUCGAACCACCGACCUAUGGAUACUCUUAG